UCGUUGGUUUCCGUGACACGCCCUCAAUAUCAAUCUAUGGAGUGAGUAGCUAGUCGAGUCGACGGCCGACGCUUGUUAAUGUUAUGGACAAAGAGAAGUUUUAUACCGCGAUGGGUGGUCGCUCAGUGAGUGCUGCCUCCAAGAGGUCUACUCAGAUGAGGAACUGGGACUCCAGCGCCACCAAUAAAGAGUCUGAAAGUAUUAAACCAUCUCGCCUGGUACCCAAGGUUCAGUUUGGAGACAGUGUAGUCUUCUUGGCAGCAGCUCAGAGUGGUGAUGUUGAGGAGGUAGAGAGGUUACUAACAGAAGGAGCUGAUGUCAAUGCCAUUAACUCUGACGGCCUCACUGGUCUACAUCAGUGCUGUAUUGAUGAUGAUUUUGAGAUGGUGGAGACAUUGGUGAAGCAUGGGGCUAACAUGGAUGCUCAGGACAAUGAAGGCUGGAGUCCCCUCCAUGCUGCAGCUUCUUGUGGACACAAUCACAUUGUCAGGUUCCUGUUAGAGAGUGGAGCCCAUCCUGCACUGGUUAAUAAUGAGGGAGACACUCCCCUGGACCUCAUUGAUGAACAGGAGGAGAUGGCUAGUCUCUUCUCCACACACAUAGAGACACAUCACAUUGACAUGGAGGCUGUCAAGGGGCUGGAGGAAACUAGAAUGUUGGAGGAUGUCAAUAGACUUAAGAAUGAUCCCUCGCUGACUCCACCCAUCUCCUCUGGAGGGGCUACUCUACUUCACGUGGCUUCUGCUAAAGGCUAUCUCAGUGUCUUGCAAGUCCUGAUGAGUAUGAAGGUGGAUGUGGAUAGCUUGGAUGAUGAUGGCUGGACUCCACUCCAUGCUUCUGUCUACUGGAGGAACAUGGAAGCAGCUGAACUGCUUGUGUCUCAUGGGGCUGACAUUACACGGACCACCAAUGCUGGUGACACCAUAGAAGAUCUAGUGGACCCAGAAUUAGCUGAAGGACUUGACUCUCUUAAGAAGAUCAAAGAAGAGGCUAACAAUCGUCAUCGCCAUUAUGCUGUGCCCCGCUCAUCAAGACCCUCUCUCAGCCACUCUAAUAGCAGAGAAGAGCUCAAGUCUCCUAACCUUCUGCGUAGAAGGUCCUCUAAAGAACGCUCACUGGCUGUACAUCGAUUGGACAAGGAAAGAGAGAAGUUUCCCGAGAUCAUUGACAAAACUGCUGAUGUCAACAUAAUAAGUAACCACAAUGCCAAUGAAUCCACCACCACCUCAGAGGACAGGCUCCAGGAAACACACAACAGUACUAACGAUGCCCCACCCCCCAACGCCCUACCCCCUAAUGCUAUACCCCCCAACGCCCUACCCCCCAAUGACCCACCCCCCAAUGGACCCGCUACUACUGAAGGAGGGUCUUUCUCCAGUAAUGAGAACAGUUCAGUUGACCCAUCAGGCAGUGUACUGGAAGUCAGUAUUUCCCCUGACAUCAGCCCCAACUCUAGUCCUCAGCUUAUGGCCAAGAUGGCACCAGGAGCCAAGUCUCCUCCUAAACAGCUAGCAGUUAAGAAGGGAAUGUCCCCUAACAUGCUCAAACGUGUGGGUCUUUGGGAGAGUCAGAGCAGUCUUCCUACACCGCCUCUAGCCUCCUCCACACCGACCAUAGCUACUGAGGCUAAGAGGUUUCCUUUCCAACCACGUACCCUCUCUGAUGCCACAGUCAUGUCCAGGCCUUCCAAACAAGAUAUUGCACAGAAGAGAGCCUCCUAUGAUGAGCGCAAGCUAAGAGAAGGACUUCCCCCACCCCCCACAGAGUACAAAGCCUCGUCGCUACCCAGGGGGGCCACUGUGACACCUGUACCUGUACCAGUCAUCAGUACAUCAUUGCCUAGAGGCUCUAGGAUACACGCUCCACCAGACAAACCCACUCCUGAUAAGGAUAGACUGGCAGCACCUGAUGAAACACUGGAGGGUAAACCCAAGGAGAAUGUAGAUGGUGUGUCCAGCUCUGGUGCUCCCACUCCUGGAGCAGACACUACCGCAGAUAGCAGGGAAACUAGUGCUGACUCUACUAACAGAAGUCUGGGGACAGAAUCAGAGACAAAACGCAAACAACAUGCACGACGGAGUAGGCAACAACGUCAACCUACACAGCCUGUGGACAAUGAGAUAGUGAAGAGAUUAAUGGCACAGGACAAGCUCAAGGAAGACAAGCUCAAGGAAGAGGAGAAGAGUGAUGGUGGCAUGAGUGCCUUCAAACCACCAUCCAGACCCUCGCCACGUGGUCCACCACACCACCUCAGCGUGCCUCCAUGGUCACUCAAUACACAAGAGGAGUCCAGCCCUGAUGCUAGUCCCCCAGUCAAACCCAAGAUACUCACUACUACAGAGGAUGAUGAUGAUAGAACACCAUCACGUACCAAAUCAAAGUCUUCUACACGACGACGGCCUAAGAAAGAACGGCGAUCCACUGGACUGCCUUUUGAGGCGGAGGAGGGAGAGGAUAUACCAGAGGAGCUGGCCAACAUUAUAGUGCGCAAAAGUACAGAGCCUAGUCCUGCAGAUUCAGGGGAUGAAGACUUGAGAGGUCAACUAGCCAGAGAGAAGGAAGUAAGAGAAAGAGUGACUAAAGAGAAGGAUGAUCUGUUGUUAGUAGUGGAAGGACUACAAGGCAAGGUCUCAGAGCUCAACAGACGUCAUGCAGAUGCUACUAGAGCUUAUGAGCAAGAGAAGAGGGAGGGGGAGGUCAAGGAGGCACGUAUUGCAGAGCUGGAGAUGAGCACUAAGAACCUACAAGACAUGAAGAAAGAAUGUCAACGUCUCAAAGAUGAGAACAGUGCAUUAAUUAGAGUCAUAGGGAAGCUUUCUCGCUCUCCCUUACCAAGCAGCACUGUCUAGCUAGCUCUAGUCUUUAGUAACAAAGGACGCCACAUCUGUUCACAUGAAUAGCAGUUUAUCAAAUUCAUUCUAAUUAGUUGUGCAGUAGUAAACAUUGCAUGUCAUUUGUGUCAUAAUUCUUUCAUAUACUGUAACAAAGUUCAAUUAUUGUAAAGUGUUUGAUUGAAGUUUA